GUUAGUAUCAUGGCCGUCACUGCUAGUACCAGUGCUACCUCGUAUAGUUCUCUAUUAUGUGUUGCUUCGAUUGUGAUUGCAGUCGCACUCAGUUUAGGCAUUCAACCUUCAUUGGCAGUGUUCCAGACAUCGUCUGGUAUGGAGGGAGGACUAUCAUUGCAAGAAGGAGCUUCUGUUUACGUUGCGCUCAACAAUCUACUGAACUUCGAUGGAUUCGAUACAACAGAUUGGUUUGAAAGUGGAGUCGCCUUUGCGAAUGUGCACACCAUCAAUGGCAAGAGCAUCGCCCUGAGAUAUGCGUGUUGGACUCAGUACUGCACCGUUGGCACCUGGGAGACCACAAGAGGAGAUUUAGUGCUGGAUGAUUUUCGAACGAGCGUCACGUAUCUGAGGCCCUUUUUACUGCAAGGCUUCUCUUGGGCUGCUGUCUCCAAUGGCUACGCCUGGCUCGAUUACCAUCUCUUCCCCACGGAUGCAACCACUCUUGAAUUGCCUUCAUCAACAUCCCUAUUGAAUGUAAGUAUUACGAAUACCAUUGUUGAUGGACAUGAAGUUAACACAACUGCAAAUGUUGGGGAUUUUGCUUCUACUUUACCCAGGGCUCUUAUAUCAACUGUGUCAAGAUAUUCCCCUGUUGAGAAGACAGGCUUUAUACACUGUCCCGUCUUGCCUCUGGUUUUGCUGAGCCACUUCAACGGCAUUUGGGACAUUCUCCACGAGGGGGAGUACUUGACAUCUGCGAACAAGAGAAUACAACUUGUAAUGCAGAGCGAUUGUAAUCUUGUGUUGAGUGAUACGCAGAGUAAUGGAAUUCUGUGGAGCAGCGGUACUGCAGAGCGGGGAAGUGGAUGCUUUGUGCGCCUUCAAAUCGAUGCCAAUUUAGUUAUAUAUACUGGAGAUGGUGCUCCAGUGUGGGCUAUUGACCAAGGCUGUGGGUGCGUCAAGUUUAGCUCUUUGGUUAUUGAGGAUGAUGGUAACCUGGUUCUCUUUCGUAGUGAGAACAGGAAGCUUUACCGAGUUUGGGCUACAAACACCAUGGUAUGACUGAGGCCUUCAAAGUUGCUAUCUCGCUUUCUAGUUGAGUGGGCUUUGCGGUGGAUCUAAUUAGUAUAUCUCCCGAUUCGAAGAGUGGGUGUGCUUACGUUCAGUUUGUGUAUCUCUUUGUUUUGCCAGUCUAUGGUAUAUUUAUAAUUAAUUGAUAAUGUGUGGAUCAUACUAUAACCAAUUAAUUCAAUAU